UUACAUAUGGGUCGUUGAGGCUGUGAAUGGACGGUUAAAAACCUGGAAAUAUUUGGAUCGUGUGUUGCCAAACUCACAGAUUCCAUACAUAGGCGAUAUUGUCAGGAUUGUGUGUGCAAUCUUCAACAAGUUCGGUACACCAAUAAGCACGGGGGAUGCAGAGCAAGAUCAACUGCUAGGAUCGAAAAUGUUGCAUUUGUCACGGAAGCAGAAUUCUCUUUGGGAGAGAAUUGAACGAGAAGGCCUUUUCAAUCGACCUAGUAAGUGGCAGAAGAUGGAGACCACAACUGAUAUCAUAUUUCCUGUUCUGACAGAAGAAGACCUGCGGAAUUUGACACUGGGAGUGUAUCAGCUCAAACUGGCACGGUCCUACACACAGGAACAUAUGAGCGAAACGGGAGGAUAUGAAGUAUCUAUCUGUAAAGUAGAUGCUAAUCUGAUCAAUGCCAAGAUACAGAGCCGACAUUUUUCCUCAAAACUUUACCAAUUGUGGGUAUCAUUUGAUGAUUGUAAUGUGCAAGGAUGGUACUGUACAUGCCGUGCUGGGGCGAGGGUGGUUGGGACUUGCUCCCAUGUUGCAUCCAUCUUAUGGUAUAUGGGAUUUGCACGUCAUUUAGACAAGUCCUUUGACUUUAGUAAGGACUGGACACAAUAUUUACAAGAUGCCAGUUAUACACCAGACCCAAUCAGUAUUGAUGAGAGUGAUGAUGAAGGUAACACGGAGGAAUAAAACAGCACAGCUUUACCGAUGUAGCCAUGUAAAUUACAUAUAAAUUUCGGAAUCUCCAAAAAUGUAAUUACAAAUGCACGAUGGUCACUUGAUCGACUGAGGAAUUGACUUUAAUCUCGAAUGACAAUGUAUUUUGUUAGUGCAUAAUGUUUAUUUGAAAUAACUUUUAACUUUUGUAAGAAUCAUUAACUGUAACAUGUUUGAUUUCAUAUCCUUUUCAAAUUAACCAAGAAUAUAAAGAUAACCGUGUACGGAAGUAUUGACAAAUUGAUGUACUGAUUAUUGCAUGUACUGUUGCUAUGGUGAAAUAUUUAGUUGCUAUGGUAAGACAUGGUUACUGUGGAAUACCACCUAUAUGCUCUAUUGUAUCAUCAUAUUUACAUUUUUAAGAUGUACCAUAAUCUAAACAGCCCUUGAGUAUUAUCAUCAAUUUUCUGUGUCCUUUAUUGUAUUUAUUACAAUCCGUUGCUAUGGAGAGAGUUUGGUUGUUAUUGUGUUGCUAGGAAAUCUUAAACAUGUAAUA